GAUGCGGAACAGCGGAAGCGCUCUAUACGAAAUUGUUAACAUGCUGCUGAAGACCCGUGAAAAGCCUUUCAUGCUGACGAGCUUUAUCUGUGUGACAGGCUACGUUACGGUAUAUUUUGUUGUGCCAGUGAUUUAGUGGACUAGAUAGACUCUUUUGACCGACCCUCUGCUGAACCUCUCAUGAAUGGAAAUCAAAAACUGGAAUAAAAUUACCGAGCUGAAUUAACUAGCUUAACUGCGUGUAGCUAGCUACAACAGCUGUGACACUCAUGAUGAACAAAGAUUCAUCUGUUCUUCAGGGUGCUUUCCUCCUGGCUGAUAAGCUAUGCUUCCCCUCAUCCCUGUCCUCCCUUCAGAAGGCUGACUGGAGCAAGGUGGGGCAUCCUGUCCUGGAGGCAGUCAGAGAAAUUUGUGGACAAGAUGAGCUCGGUGCACAUCCUACCACCACAGAUGGCAGCUGGAUAAAGAAAGUAGUUUGUGUUGUGUGGCUGAAGCUGUUGUGCAGGGAGACUGGAGAGGACAUAGAGAUGUCCUGGAGGGAGAACCCUUUGUUCCCUCUGCAGAAUGGCCUCCCAGAGGUCAACAGUGUUGUCUUGCUGGAAGUGGUGAAGUCGAUGGCAGCUGCUCACAUAUUUGCCAAUUUCCUCUUGUAUCUCCCUCGGUCUCAGAUCUGCACUGAGCUUGAAAGAUUAAUGCAGCACAUGAGGAGCAGCCCUACUAGAGAAGAUGAUGUUAAACUUUUUCUGGAGGUGUGGUGGGAACUGUGGAAAGGCAGAGAUGAGGAGAAAGCACAAAGAGAGGAUAACAUAGAGACAGUGUUUGCCAGACAGUUUUCUUGUCUCUCCUCUAAGUCUUCCAGUCUAUCCAUUCAAGCUGCCAAGAGAUUAAAGCUAGACCCAUCAGAGCUACCAGCACCAUUGCCAACCCCUGAUGUCCUGCACAUUCUGUUCUGUGCACUUAAAGACAUUAAAGAUCACAUAACUUCAACAGAGCUUUGCAUGCAGGCCCUCUUUGUUUCUCUUGAUGCACUCUACACAAACUUCCUGAUAGACCAAGCAGUUGUUCUUCCACCCAAAGAGAAGAUGCACUUCUUGUCUAAAGUUGCCAGCAUCAGAGAAAGGAACGGUGAGAAGCUGAGUCCUGAACUUAUUCAGGAGGCUCAGAGAGACCUGCGUGCUUCUCACACUCCGUCUCAGUUUCAGCAAAGCAGGAUGAAGCUUGAUGAAGCCUUGGCGAUUAUAACAGAACUUGCUAAGUUUUGGCAAAGCAGUGGAAUUCUGAAAGCAAGUGACAGCACUAAUCCUAGCUACUCAGCUUUCAGACUAGAACAAAGUGUCCAGAGAGUCCUGACAGCACUUCAGAAAGCAGAAGUGUCUGAAACAGAUCAUCAGCAGAAUGAGAAGAAUAUACUGAGAGGUUUGCUGCAGUCCCUUGCUUUUCCUGAAAUACAGAGUACCCCUCAGGUGAAUGCGAGGGUCACUGCUACCAUCAUCAGUCACCGCUUGGAUGACUAUCAAAACUUUGCUAUGUUAUUUGCCACUGAGGAGAGUUGGACUGACUGUGAAGAGCAUUGGAUGGACUGCCUGGAAAAGAACCAAGCAGCCUUCCAGCAGUGUGACACACUGAUCAAACUCACUUCCACUGUCAUGAGUAAGAUCCACCAUGAGAGCACAAAUGUGAGCCAGUGCAGGAAGCUGGUGAAAGUCAUUGUGGACAUUUUCUCAGCACUUUCCUUAAAAGACAAGAACAGAGCGUUGGCUGCCAUGUUGAGACUGUCCAGCAGGGGUUUCUUUGGGAGCUCCGUCCCCUCUGCUGUGACUGAUAGUUUUGAACAAGAACUCAACAUGGCCUUCAACUGCAUCAUCCAAGGAGGGGGUGGAGCGUCAGCAGCAGCAUCGCAAGGCAAUCUGAACACAGCAGUCUCUUUAGUAGCAAGAGUUGCCUUUCAGAACCCAGAAGCAGCUUUGAGGUCUUGCUGUCAUUCAGCUAUUUUCAAUAAAGGUGCUUUCUCUCUCAUGGCUAAGAUCCUGCAACAGCUGCCUGGACUCAGAGGACAGACGAAAAGGAAAGAUCAAACUCAAAGUGGUGAAGAGGCAGAAAAAAGUAUAGAUGAAAGAAAGGAUGAUCUGACCAGUGGCAGUCUAUUCUGCAAGUGUCUGCAGGAAAUUAUCAAGAACAAAUCAUUGUCAGCCAAUGAAAAAGAGCAGUUCCUCAAGUGUCUGGCUCUGUUGAUGAUGCCUGUCAUGACAGUUGAGGGAGAAGAAAGGAUGCAAAGCUUUCUCCCACCUCAGGAGGUCGUGAACAUCUUUGUCCUGCCUAACCUCUCCCCAGUGGGUCAAAGAUGCUUUGAUAUAGAACUGACUCUUCAGCUUCUUCACACUGCACUGUCUGUGGAUGUCCAGGAGGCACGCUUGUCUCCUCACUGGGUGUUGGACUGCUCUCCCUUUCCCCUUCUCUACGUCCUGGCUCAGCUGCUCAGCCAGACUCUUAGAUGUUGGGAGCAGCCAUUAGAGGGCGCUGUCCACCACUGGUCCAUGGAAACCAAGGAGCUGCUGCUGUCGGUGCUGACCGCACUGGGGCAGGUGGUGGGUGAAGAGGUGGCGGCGGCCUCCAGCGGCUGGUCCAGAGCUCUGUUCUGGCUCUAUAACAAGAUGGAGGAACUGGAUUGGACUGUUCGUUUCCAUCUGAAGCCAGUUUGGGGAGAACACUUUAAAAAUGAGGUUCCCUCGUCUCUGCUGACUGUGUGUGAUCUACCAGAGCAGGAGUGGUCAGGGCUGGACCUGCCUCAGUACGGCCAAGGUACAGGUCUCCUGGCCUGGAUGGAGUGCUGCACUAUAUCAGACUCGCUGCUGUCUGCCAUGCUGUCCCAUCUCUCUGUGGACCAGCGGCGGCUUGACCACGUCAGCAUGUUCAGCAAAGGCCUGCUGGUGGCUUUGACUCAGACCCUGCCCUGGUGCUCAGUCUCCCAGUGGGCCAGGCUGCUGAGAGUCCUGAAGGAGCUGAUCACCUCAGGCCGCCUCCACGUUCCCUUCUCACUGGAGUAUGUGGACUAUCUGCCCCUACUGGAUCUGAGGAGAUUUUCAUGUGAUCUCCGCCUGUCUGUCCUCCUGCUUCGAGUCCUUCAGUUGCUUUGUGGGUCCAGCUGCUCCCACUGGCUGCCAGCAGACGGCUGGGCACACGUUGGCAGGUUAUACGCCCACGCAGUGAGGGAGAUAAUGAACUCUGUAAGAGCCAAACUGCCUCUUCCUUCAUCUGCUGCUUUGACUGCCUCUGAUUCAACAUCCCCCAAAACACUGGCCUCUCGAGACUCCAAUCCUUCAUGCACUUCAAUCAAAUCUCCUAAAAUGUCCAGAGACUCUCAGACAGACCUUAGACAAGCUGACGUCUCUCCUCUGAAGUCAGAAGAGUCCCAAAUGAAGGAGGAGGUGGAGACAGUUCCCAGCCAGGAGGUCCUUUUUGUACUCAGCCAACUCUUCUGCCAUGUUCAGCAUGUCCAGGUGAUGAUGCCAGGAGGCCGGUGUGAACCAGUGUUCCUGUCCAGUCUGGAGAUCCUCAGCCACUAUGAGGCUGUCAUGGCUGCUUUCCCAGACAGCAGCAACCCUCUGGAGAGCGACAACACCCGACACUUCUUCUCCACCAUCACCGACAACCUGGAGAACCAGGAGAUGAAGGCUGUACUGCAGCAGAAGAUCGCUCAGCUCGUGUCAUCAACAGCUUAAGACACACUGGCUCCUCACAUGUUCUACUGGAGUGUUAGCCUUCUCAUACACUCAGAAGUCUCUGUGUAGACUCUGAGUUUGUUUACUGAUAAGUUAAGGACAUAAUGUGAGCUAUCAGUGUCAUACUCUGUACAUAGUUGACAGAAAGUCAUAGGUAAGGAGUCUGAAUAAAUAAAAAGCCACUAUUUCAAAGCAAA